AUGGACAACGUUGCGACAUUAAAAGCAGAUAAUGCCGUUUUGCGGAAAAUUCAAUCGAAGCUCGUCCAGUGGGAACUGAAGGAGAACGCUCUGGCGCCACUCAGCACCGGACAGACGGAUUUCAUCAAUCGCUUGACGGACCUGGUUACUGGCCACGUUCCCGCCGGCGGUGGUCAGGUUCCGGAAGCAGUUAAAGAAGCGGACGACGACGGAUUACCUCCGGUUUCGUUGGAAAAGUUUAAACAGUCACCGUGCGUCAUCGAUUCGACGCAAAACUUUCUCUCGUGGUACAACUCGAUCGAUGCAGAGCUUCUCGAACACUUCGACGAUGCGUACCUGGAGUACUACGAGCAGCUGCGAUCGCGUGCCACUGAAUGUGAUGGCAUGUUGGAGGAGAUCGAUGUAUCGUUCGAAUCGCUCCGUAAGCUGAGGCAAGAGUUUGACUUUGUGUCGGAAAAAACGUCCUCGUUGCACCGGGCAAGCGAAAGUCUGCUGCAGGAUCAAACGAAACUCAGCGACAGUGGCGAAGAGAUCCGGAAACGGUUAAAGUACUUUAGUCAGUCGGAAAGCAUUUCCCAGCGGUUGCAUAACCCCACGUUUUCCGUUUCAAACGACACGUUCGUCGACAUUCUUAACACGAUCGACGAUUGCAUCGAGUACAUGCGUGUCAAUCCUUCAUUCUGUGAAGCUUCGGCGUACAGUGUCAAGUAUCGGACGUGUCUUGCCAAGGCGACACAAAUGAUGAAAAGCUACGUGAUGCGCAUCCUAUCGAACGCCACGGCCCAGGUGCUAGCACCGAAGGCUUCGGGCAUUCCGCGAUCGUUAGAAGCGAUGGAACAGCUUAAAAUUGGCGAUCCCACGAUGGAAGCGGCGUUUGCGCUUUUCUACGGCAAAUUUCAAGCUUCGGCACCACGGGUCAAGCGUAUCACAGCCACGAUCGAGGAACGACUCGAUCGGAGUCCCGACUACGACGUGUUGUUGGGCGAGUUGCAUCAAAAUUAUCUCACCCAACGUGCUGCGAUCAUGAGUGGUGGUGUUGAUCAAGCGAUCAAGGAGCUAACGAAGAAACAUAAAGGCGAUCACUGCGCGCUGGUGCGUUCGGCUUGCGCAUUCAUGGUACACAUUUGCCAAGAUGAGCAUCGUUUGUUCUAUCAGUUUUUCGCCAAACCGAGCGGACAUUUGAUCGGGUACAUGGAAGGUUUGUGCACAAUCCUUUACGACAUUUUGCGUCCUUACAUCAUUCGCAUCGAUCACCUGGAAACUUUGGCUGAAAUUUGUAGCAUCCUGAAGGUGGAGAUGCUAGACGAGCACGUCACUUACAGUCCUGAGUCACUAGAAGCGUUCGCCAAGAUCGUGUACCAACUACUCCAGGACGUGCAGGAACGGAUAGGUUUUCGUGCACAAAAUUAUCUCGAGUCCGACAUUCGCAACUAUCGUCCUUCGGCAGGUGAUCUCGCUUACCCGGAAAAGUUGGAGAUGAUGGAAAGCAUUGCACUUUCGCUGCAGGACACCGUUCACAAUCAAUACAAUCAUCCGGCACCGCUGAGGCGGGCCGAUUCUCGCAGCUCAAUCGUGUCCGGAAUGUCGCUCGCUUCACAGGACACCACCAACGAAGCGUCAAUGUUGAGGGUGCGCGCCAGCAACUCACCGGCCGAUAUGCACGGAAUGUGGUACCCGACCGUUCGCCGCACGUUAGUCUGUCUGUCGCGUCUGUACCGUUGCAUCGACAAGUCGAUCUUCCAGAGCCUUUCGCAGCAAGCACUGGCGCACUGCAUCCACAGUGUCUCGAGUGCAGCCGCACAGAUUUCCCAAAGCCGUACCACGAUCGAUGGCGAGCUGUUCGAAAUCAAGCAUCUGCUAAUCCUACGGGAACAGAUUGCCCCAUUCCGGGUCGAUUUUACGGCAAAGGAAACGAGCCUGGACUUCAGUAAGGUCCGGACCGCCGCCUAUGAGCUGCUCCAAAAGCGAAAGCAACUGUUUUCGCUCGGCUCGAAUAAUGCGCUGCUCGAGUUUCUGCUCGAUGGUACACCACAAGUGCGGGAACAGCUCCUCGAUUCACGGAAAGACGUCGACCGGCAACUGAAAACGGUUUGUGAAACGUUCAUUACCGAUGCGUCCCGCCAGCUGGUCGGUCCGGUACUGGCGUUCAUCGAGGCGGCCCAGAACCACCUGCGCAGCCAACCGGGAAAGGCGCCAGGGCAGCCGGGUGGUGCUGCAAUGGCUCUCCGACUAGCUCCGUUCGCGGCCCCACAGCAGAUCAGUUCCAUCAUACAGGAGUGCUUGCGCAACAUCAAAACCAAGCUCGCCGGUCUGCAGCGGUCGAUGCAGCUGUACCUCGCGAACAAGGACACGGAAUUCAUUCUCUUCCGGCCCAUCCGGAAUAGCAUCAUCGGUGCAUUUAUGAAGCUAGAGCAGAUCCUCACUCUGAACGCCUACAGUAAGGACGACCUCACCAUCGUCAGUUGUCCCUCGGUCGAGCAGAUCUCCGUGCUGCUUUCGAGCGUGAAUUUGGCCGGAAACGGCACGGGUGGCGAACCGACGCUCGCUUUCGGGAGGACGAGUUCGGUGGAAAUGCAGCGCAAAAUAAGCACCUCCUCGACGUCGUCGGGUAGCGCAGCAGCAAAGGCGUCGCAGAUCGAGAAGAAGGUCAGCUUCGAUAGUGGCGCCAAUACGGUAGUGGAGAUCGAGCGGCCCGAUGAUGCCGGGGCACUGGCAGGCGACGAGGAAAUGCAGAAUGUUGUAGAAACCCCAAAGGACAUUACGCUGGAUGUGACGACCGAAGGGAAGCCGGGCGAGGCCGUGUGAAGCUGUGCGACACAGUGUAAUAUUCCAAACGAAAAUCCUAUUAUCUAUUUACUUUUCUAGCUAUUUUGUUGAUUUGUGUAGAGCCUUGUUAAGAUAAUACGCUCCAUUUUAUUG